AGCCGGAGCGGAGGCUAUUCGUUGCUGCGCCGCCACCGCCCGAGACCUCGUCCGCGCUCCGCUCGCCUCUCUCGGCAGCAGCCGUCGCCCUGUCCUCUCCGGCUUCGCUUGCUCCUUCUCUUCCUGCUGAACCAUUUUCCUCCCAGAGCUAUGACCGUCGUCUCCGUCCCGCAGCGGGAGCCGCUGAUCCUGAGCGGCCGCCUUGCCCCCCUCGGCUUUUCCGCCCGCGGUUACUUCGGGGCCCUUCCGAUGGUGACCUCCGCUCCGCCGCCUUUACCGCGGAUCCCGGACCCUCGGGCACUGCCCCCCACCCUCUUCCUCCCUCACUUCCUAGGGGGGGACGGCCCGUGUCUGACCCCUCAGCCUCGAGCCCCAGCACCCUUGCCCAACUGCACUCUCGCCCCGGCGGGGGGCACCCCUCGGGCCGCUCCAAAGAAGCGGCGAAAGAAGAAGGUGCGGGCCAGCCCGGCGGGGCAGCUGCCCAGCCGCUUCCACCAGUACCAGCAGCACCGGCCGAGCCUGGAGAGCGGGCGGGGCCCCUCCGCGGGCCCGAGCGGGGCGCAGGAAGCCCCGAGCCAGGCCGCCGCCUCAGCCCCGGGUCCUGCGGCUGCAACCCGAACUGAGGAAGCGAACCUUUUCCCCGGCCCGCUGCCCCCCGCGGCACCCGGCCAACCCUCGUUACGGAAAGAGGAUUUAAAAUCAAACAUGGGAAAAUCGGAGAAAAUUACCAUCCCCCACGGGCAGCUUGUUCAUGGUAUGCACUUGUGUGAACAACCAAAGAUAAACAGACAGAAAAGCAAAUAUAACUUACCACUAACCAAGAUCACCUCUGCAAAAAGAAAUGAAAAUAACUUUUGGCAGGAUUCUGUUUCAUCUGAUAUAAUUCAGAAGCAGGAAAAAAAGCCUUUUAAAAACACUGAGAACAUUAAAAAAAAGCAUUUGAAGAAAUCAGCAUUUCUAACUGAAGUGAGCCAAAAGGAAAAUUAUGCUGGGGCAAAGUUUAGUGAUCCACCUUCUCCUAGUGUUCUUCCAAAACCACCUAGUCACUGGAUGGGAAGCACUAUUGAAAAUUCCAACCAAAAUAGGGAAUUGAUGGCAGUACACUUAAAAACUCUCCUAAAAGUUCAAACUUAGAUCUCAGUAUGUAUGUAAAACGAAGUUUUUCCAAAAUCCCUGCAUUCUUGAAAAGAAAAUUGGUACAGAAAUGGAAAUUUGCCUUGUUGUAACCUAGGAGGGCAAAAGAUGGGUUUUAAAAAAUUACAAACAGCUUGUAUUAUGUUUUAUAUCUUGUAAAUACUGUAUACCAUGUAUUAUGUGUAUAUUGAUACUUCAGAGGUACAUUAUAGUUUUGUUAUAAAAGUAUGUAUUUUGCCCUGCCCAAAUGGUAGGUGUUUUGUAUAUAUACAAUGGAAAAAAUUUUAAGUGUGUGCUAAGGCACAUGGAAGACCAAUUUAUUUGCACAAGGUACUGAGAGAUUUUUCAAGAAACAGCUGUUGAAUCUCAAGGUGAAGAUCUAAAUGUGAACAGUUUACUAAUGCACUACUGAAAUUUAAAUCUGUGGCACAAUCAUUGUAAACAUGUGUUUGUCUAUUUCUCUAAAUUGAUUUCUGCCUUCUAAUCUGUAAUUACUGGAAAACUUCUCACUUUUACUAAACUUGAUUUCUGGUUUUUGGUUUAUAUCCAUAUCCAAAUUUAAAAUAUCUCUUAAUUUUAAUGCCAACAAAAUCGGUUGUAAUCAAAUUCUAAAAUAAUAAUAAUUUGGCCCCUUCCUCCCCCUUUUAUAGUCUUGACUCUUGGUGUGUGUGCCUGUUUCUCAUGUUUGUGUGACUAGGAGGUGGGUUUUAACUUUCACUUUACUGGUUAAAGGUGUUUAACUUUAUACUAAUUAUCCAUCCUCCAUCUGGAAUUUAGAGGGAUCCAUAAUAGUACCUCUUAGGGGAGGAAUUCCCCAUUUUACAAAUGGAAAUGGUUUUGGUCAAAAGUAAAGCUGAUUAGUUUAUAACUUAGAAUAUAUUUAUAUAUGAAUUGUUUCAUAAAGUACUAUUUCACUUGACCAUACCAUACAUUUUUAGUGAAAGAAAUGACACUUCUUUGGUUUGCUGGAUUUAUAUUGGUAAUGAGUGGUGGUACUUGAACCAAAGCAAGCAUAAUUGAUGUUAAAAUAAUAGAUGGAGAUUUGGAUUCUGAAGCUUGCUUGAAGAUAAAUAUGGCAGCUAAUGUAUUUUUGUUAAAAUUUAAACUGUUCUUUUCGUAGUAUGUAGUUUUUAGUUACAAAAAGCUUAAGUUUAUCUCAAAUAAAAAGGAAAGUUUUUUUUGUAUGGGCAAUAUUUAGACAUGAAAAGGAAAAGGGUGUUAAGAGGGUAUAUAGAGGAUUCUAUAAGGUAGAAUAAAGGUGCUACCAUCCUUACUAGAAAAAAAUAAAAGGGUUCUAUAGUUUACAUUUUACCCUCAGACUAUGCAGAACCAACAAAGGCUCACGGCUUGCAGUCUUAGGUCUUACCCUCCUGUGCCAUUUGGUUCACAUGGGAGAGGAGGAAUUCACUUAACUUUCUGGCUGUACAAAAGUUGGUAGUGGUGUGGGCAUCUGAACUUAGAAUCACCAUUGACUUGAUGAGCAGUGAGCGUAUAACUUCUAUUACAGGUGCCACAAAAUCAGAAUUAAUAAUUUGCGGUCUUGUAGAUGCAGCUCAUACGUAAUUCAGCCAACCAUUAUUCUUUAGCACUGGCUUUGUUUUUUGUUUUGGAGUUUUUUUGUUAAUUACCCGAGGUUUUAAAGAGUGGAAGGAGGAGAGACAGAGAGAAACAUCUAUGUGAAACACUUCCCAAUUGAUUGGUUGCCUCCCACACAUGCCCCAACCAGGGCCAGGAUUGAGUCUGCAAUUGAGGUACGGGUCCUUGACUGGAAUUGAACCUGGGACCUUUCAAUCUGAGGGCGGGUACUCUAUCCACUGAGCUAAAAACUAGCUCAGGCUGGCUUUAUUCUUUUAUGUAUGUAGAGAAAGCUAUACUUCAUUAUGUAUGUGUCACACACACAUACAUAGCUAUAUAUAGCUGGCUUUAAACGCAUUUAGAGAAGAAAAAUAAUUUUUUUUAAUCUAUUGUUGAAAGUAUUGCAUGGGUCUCCUUCCCCCAUUGACUUCUAGCACACCCCAGGCCUUCACCCUGUUGUUAAUGACCAUGGCUUAUGCAUAUGUGCAUACAAGUUCUUUAUUGAUCUCUUCCCUGUCUGCCACCCUCCCCUGCCUGCCUUCUGAGGUUUGACAGACUGUUCAAUGCUUCUCUGUCUCUGGAUCUGUUUGUUCAUCAGUUUAUUUUGUUCAUUAGAUUACACAUAUGAGUGAAAUAC